AAGGCUCGCGCUAUUUUUAACCAGGCCUAUUUCCGCGCCACUUCCUUGUUUUGUCGUCUCUCGCUUGGAGUUAAUUCUUAUGGCUGAGGAAUUCAUGGCGCUUUCCGUGAAGUUUUGGCUUAACCUCCGUUUUUUCUAAUGGUGCGGAAAGAAUACAAACAAGGACGCAAACAUUUAAACUUUUACAGUUUAGUUUCUUCUCAGCUGUCAACACAAAGUCAGAAGAAGCCACCCGAACUAGUCAUUUCGUCUGAGCGGUUAUAGUUAGUUAGCGAGUUAGCUAGCUAACUAGCAUAAGAGGUGCCUUUUGUAAGUCUUUGUAAGUUUUGCCAUUGAACAACACAAUGGCAGAUUCACAUGGCGACGACAGGACGGACGACAGUGAACUAAAAGGUGCAACAGGUGGUGAAGGUGGAAAGUCUGCACAGAGGACUAUAGGAGCGAGAGCAGUGCACAGCAGGAAUUACCACAGAAUAAAAUAAUCGUCUCAAUCAAUGCAAAUGUGAUUGUUGAAUAUGCCACUGAUCUCGCUAUGUGUGAAGCCAGGCACGGAAAUCAGAGCAGUACAAGAUGUACAAUGUGGCACCAAAAAUCCCCUAACACCAAAGCAUGAUUACAGCAGCAAAAAGGGAAACCACUUUUUUUGUCUAAUAUAGCAAAUAUGACUGCAACAACAAGAGGGAAGUAACUGCACUAAUUUAUUAAUUUAAUAUAUUCAAUUUGUUAAAAUGUUAAAAUUUUGAACUGAAUCUCUUACUUUUCAGUGGUAUGAUUUAAUUGUAUAAACUUUACACAUCACUGGAUUCCUUUUUUUAAAAUGCAGUUCUAUAAUUUUUACUAGUUGUAUAUAAGCAAACCUAUAUCUAAUGCUGUCUUUUUCUCUUCUUUUGUCCUUACACCGAUAAGCCAUAACAUUAAAACCACUGACAAGUGAAGUGAGUAACAUCAGUUAUCUCCUUACAAUGGCAUCUGUCAAGGGGUGCGAUAUAUUAGGCAGCAAAUGAACAGUCAGUUCUCAAAGUUGAUGUGUCGGAAGCAGGAAAAAUGGGCAAGUGUAAGGAUCUGAAUGACUUUGACAAGGGCCAAACUGAGCGAGUCAGAGCAUUUUCAAGGUUUUGCAGGUCUUAUGGGGUGUUCCCGGUAUGUGGUAGUUAGUUCCUACCAAAAGUGGCGCCCAAGGCUCCCCAAGGCUGUGGGGAGCGAAGGCUAGCCCGUCUGGUCCAAUCCCACAGAAGAGCUACUGUAGCACAAAUUGCUGAAGAAGUUAAUGCUGGCCAUGAUAGAAAGGUGUCAGAACACACAGUGUGCUGCAUAUGGGGCUGCAUAGCCGCAGACCGGUCAGAGCGUCCAUGCUGACCCCUGUCCACUGCAGCUCCUACAAUGGGCAUGUGAGCAUCAGAACUGGACCAUGGAGCAAUGGAGGAAGGUGGCCUGGUCUGAUGAAUCAUGGUUUCUUUUGCAUCAUGUGGAUGGCCGAGUGCAUGUGUGUUGCACACCUGGGGAAGAGGUGGCACCAGGAUGCACUAUGGGAAGAAGGCAAGCCGACGGAGGCAGGGUGAUGCUCUGGGCAAGGUUCUGCUGGGAAAUCUUGGGUCCUGGCUUUCAUGUGGAUGUUACUUUGACACGUACCACCUACCUAAACAUUGUUGCAGACCAAGUACCCACCUUCAUGACAGCGGUAUUCCCUAAUGGCAGUGGCCUCUUUCAGCAGGAUAUUGCCCUGCCACACUGCAAAAAUUGUUCAGGAAUGGUUUGAGGAACAUGACACAGGGUUCAAGGUGUUGACUUGGCCUCCGAAUUCCCCAGAUCUCAAUCUGAUCGAGCAUUUGUGGGAUGUACCGGACACACAAAUCUGAUCCAUGGAGGCCCCACCUCGUAACUCGCAGGACUUAAAGGAUCUGCUGCUAACGACUUGGUGUCAGAUACCACAGCACACCUUCAGAGGUCUUGUGGAGUCCAUGCCUCGAUGGGUCAGAGCUGUUUUGGUGGCACAAGGGACCUACACAAUAUUAGAUGUCAUUGAUGAUAGGAUUAUAGAAGAAGGUGCUAUAGUACUGAGAGGAUAUGUAAUAGAUCGGAUCACUACAGAGGACCCGGCCAUGCACGUGAGUGCCGUGGACCUCGGUGGAACAGCUAACGAAGGGGAUGAUCCUCAUGUCAAAGAAGUUGUAGAGCAGCUUCUUAAGAUCGCCGAUGAUCUGAACCGGAAUGCAGAGCUUCAACACCUCAUCAACACUGUACAGGCGAACUGCGCUCAGGAGGUGUUCAUGACUGUGGCCAAGAGCAUCUUUGCAGAUGGCAUUAACUGGGGGCGAGUAGUGGCUCUCUUUCAUCUGGCCUAUCAGCUAAUUUACAAGGCACUGACUCAAAACCACUUUGAAAUCAUCAAGAACAUCAUUAGCUGGGUAUUGCAGUUUAUCAGGGAACACAUUUCCGCCUGGAUCAGACAGCAAGGAGGAUGGGAGGGCGUUAUCCGCAGUGUGUCACGAUGGCGCACCGUGUCCAUCAUUGCAGCAGUGGCGUUCAUCACGGCUGUUGUUUACUGGAGAAGAACUCGCUGACCUCCCCACUCUGAAAACCCAACAUCAUUAAAAGAGACAGAUUCACUAAUUUGCACAACCAUUGCAUUGACCAAAUGAUCAUGUUGAUUGGCACGUAUUAGAUCUGUUAGCAAACUAUAAAACAGUGUGGAAUAAGAGCUCCAAUUCAGUACACAAUAUAGCCCUUUUGAGAUUGUUCCCUAUGUUGUGUGCUUAUACUGUAAUGCAACAAGGCACACCUAUUUAUUAACAACACUGUGUCUUUUUUUUGGACACUCCACUACAUUUGUAGCAGUCCAUUUGUCCUCCACAGCUCUUAGCAUUUUAAUAAGUGCCAUUAUCUUCCAGCCCUACCUCCAACUGGUGAAAUAUCUGAAAGCAGUUUAUCAAAUGAUUUUAAAUAGUUUAUUUUUUAUAGUGGACCACGUACUACUUGUAUUCAAAAAAAACAAAACAAAACAAAACAAAAAAAACCAUGGUGUCAGAUUUUAAACUAUUUAGAAUGUUGUGUUUCUGACUCUUGUCCUGUCUAGUCAAGCUUACUUUGCAGGAAUGUUAUGAAUGUGUUUACACUUAAUAUUAGGCAGGGCAGCAGAUAGUGAAGGAAAAUGUGGUAGAGGUUCUGCUUAUGUGAUAAACAACAGGAAAGACCAGAAGCAAUAAAUUAAUCACUGCUUUAUUGCUUACAUUAAAUUGAAAAAAAAUUUUAAAAAAAUCAUUUCAAUUGGAUUAUUGGGACUGGAGUUUUAAAACAUGACUGUAGCUAUCAGCUGCAGCUACUGUAUGUAUAUCUAGCCUUUAUGUGACAUGCAUUGUUGACAGCUGAGGAGAUCAGUGGGAAAAAAUUAUAAGAGAAACAUUUGAAUAAGUAAAAACAUAAAUGAAUGUGUAUAUUAAGGUAUAGAUCAAAAAUUAAAAACGUACAGGGGAUAUUUCUGUGUACGUAAAUGUUUAUUUCUGUCAUGAAUUCAGGGGAAUUGUACUUGGUCUUUGUUUACAUCAAAAUAAAUAUGAUCAAGUGAUCAAAAUGUGA